AACGAUUACGUGUGUGUCACUGUGUGCGAGGGGGAAACUCAGGAAGAUUAGCGGUAUAUUCUGUCCUCUAAUCCUUUGACAGUGUGAUUAUGUCAAAAAUUCGAGGACAUUCUUUGUCUAUUUUAGUGUCUAUUCUGGUGACACUGUUUACCCUAGUACUUUCGGAGUUAAAAUUGAACACUAUUUCUAAGAGAAGUGCUCCUGAAUACAAGUCAUGGUGGGCCAAGGAAAUAACGCCCGAUAUAUAUGUGGCAGGGCGACUCUCAGAAAGGGAAAUCAAGUACGCCGCAGAGGCUGGAUUUAAAAGUAUCCUCUCAUUGUUUCCAUAUGCUGAUGACGAGGGGUAUAAUUUCGGAGGAGAAUAUUUGCCCACUACCAAAGAAGCUAAACAGAUUGCUGAACUCGCUGGUCUUAAGUAUACCACUGCAUUAGGUCCAUAUGAUGACUGGGCACAGUUUGAAUCAGUCCAAAAAGUGGGCAGCAUCUUGUCAAAUUUACCUCGGCCAGUAUUGGCGCAUUGUGAUCGGGGAUACACAAUAUCUUUUGAUGUUAUUAUGUACCUGGUCAACCGAACAAUACAGGAUUCCAAAUUUACACCAAAAGUUGAUGCCAAGAAAUUUUUUGACAUGACAAAAGUUUUAGGCAUGGAUUUCAACAUGGACUGCGUCAAAGACACUUUGGCAACCAUUACAGGAGAAAAAGUUAAAAAUGAAUACGUCCCGGAGAUUGAGAAUGAACCAGAGGAGUGGUAUGACUAUUGGCAUGCUGCCCCUGUCUACAAGAACUGGUACACGGCAGGACAGAUACUGACCAGUCAUCUGAGCAUGAUCAAACAGACCGGCUUUAAAUCUGUCGUCAAUCUCCGUACAUCCAUAGAGACGGUCACCCUUCUCAAUGUUAAAGACAUUCCAUGUAAACCAGUAAAAAACUCUGAUCUAGAAUUGCGACAGACUAUCAAUUCACUGAAAGAAAAUGUCUUAGACAAGAACAAACCCAACACCUACAUCUCCCCUGAAUCUCCUUACAACUUUGCCACCAGAAACCCAGCCGAAUUCGGAGACGAUACAGGAUACAAUGAGAACCUAGAGAAAGAGGCAUUCCAAAAACUGAACUUUCCUUACUAUCACAUGCCAUUAGAUACUAACAUUCCAUUUACGGUUGAAUGGUUUGAGAUGUACAAAGACCAACUGUUAGAGGCAGGGAAGAAAGGACCUGUUCUGGUACACUGCUGUAAGGCCCUUAGAGCAGGUUACGUGGCCGUUUUGGCAGCAGCUUUACAACACAACAAAGAUCUGAACUGGGCGCUACAAAGAGUCGCAGAGCUUGGUCUGGAGGUGGGACCUAAUAACAGGAAAGAUGUCUAUUAUACCUACAAGGCGGUCUUAGACCCAGAGAAUAUCAACGUGACAGGCAGAGAGGAUCUGUAGACACAAAUACGUAUGAACCACUGCGUUAGGAUAAUCUAAAAUAUCGAUUAAACACAUAAUACAUGUGCCAUAUUUUUUACCAUAAUGGUAAUGAUUAUCUAUUGAAAAUAUUGUUCAUGUUGUACCAUGAUUGAUCAUUACCUGGGAUCUUUUAAAAAGAU